CCGGGUUUGUAGCAAGCUGAACUAAAAUACUUCAGAUGAGCGUUUUAUAGACCGUAUGGUUGAGCAUAUGAGGAUCUGGUGUAAUCUGAAUUAACCAGUUCAACAUUUCAUCAAUAUUUGCAUUAUGAAAUGGGAUGAGGUGAACUUCAAUAUGAUAUUUCUACAAUUGACUAUUAUACUUGGAUAUUUAAUCACAGAAUCCAAACCAACAAGAUGGACUGGUCUCAACCUACCAGAGGAACACAUUCCAUAUUAUUUCAAUAAUAACAAACAGCUCAAGAAAUUAUGCAAUGAAGAUGAUCAAUGUCCAUAUAAGAAAUAUACAUCAACUCAAAAAUGUUGGGGAUAUGAGAAGAAUUGUAGAGAAGUUGAUAGAAUGUCAAUGCCUUCCUGUCCAGAGGAUAGCAGAGCUUGGGCAAAGACUAAAGCUGACCAACUGACAAUGUUCUGGAAACAGGGAGACUUUGGCUAUGUCUCAGAAAGGAAAUCUGAACUCAUGGACCUGUGUCAGCCUCAGUCAAAGGGGGACUCCUCACUCAGGUGUACAAAAUAUGCAAGAUACUGUGAAGUAAAGAAUUUGUACAUAGAUUUUAAAAAUCUCAGAUCUGAAAAAUUUAGUGAAAAGUUCAGAGAAAAUAUAUUUAGUAAAGGAGAAAUAGGAGGAAAGUGUAAGAUGGACAGAAGAAAGCUAGCUGAACAAAGUAUGCAUAAAAGUGCCUUGCAGUCAUGGUAUGCAGAGAUGGAACAGUUUGACGCUUUAGACUUCAAUCCAUCUAAGAAAAAGAACUGUGAUAUAAGCUAUGAUAAACCUGUCAUAUUCAUCAAACUUGAUGCAGGGGUGAACAUGUACCAUCAUUUCUGUGACUUCAUCAAUAUUUAUGCUAGUCAGCAUAUGAACAAUUCAUUUUCAACAGAUAUCCACAUUGUCAUGUGGGACACGAGUUAUACUGGUUAUGGAGAUUUUUUCUCUGACACUUGGAAGGCAUUUACUGACUAUCCAGUGAUUCAUCUAAAAGACUUUGAUGGCAAAAAGGUCUGUUUCAAGUCAGGCAUGUUUUCCCUGCUGGCCAGGAUGAGGAGCGGCCUCUACUACAACAUGCCAUUAGUCCCUGGUUGCUAUGGUACCAGUUUAUUUAGGGCUUUCUCACAACAUGUGUUACACAGACUGGAUGUAGAGCAGACAGGCCCACUGAAGUCCAAGAUUAGAAUCACAUUGUUGUCACGGAGUACUAAGUACAGGAAGUUCCUCAAUCAAGAAGAGCUGGUGUCUGCCAUGAAGAGUGUGGGAGAAUAUGAAGUCAAUGUAGUAGACUAUAACUGGAGAACAUUUAAAUUUCCUGAUCAGUUGAGAUCCACCCACAACAGUGAUAUAUUCAUAGGCAUGCAUGGGUCAGGACUUACGCAUGGUCUCUUCCUGCCUGAUUGGGGAGUUCUCUUUGAAGCGUAUAAUUGUGAUGACGCUAACUGCUACAAGGACCUGGCCAGGUUGAGGGGAGUGAAGUACAUGACAUGGGAGAACAUAGACAAACUAGACCAGGAGGAUGAGGGACAUCAUCCGCAACUAGGAGCUCAUAAAAAAUUUACAAACUAUGCUUUUGACGUUCGUGAAUUUAUGCGAAUGGUACACAAUGCAGCAGAUCAUGUGAGAAACCAUCCGUCAUUUAUUGAGGCUAGGAAUCAUAAAUAUUCUGAAGACACAAAAGAUGAACUUUGACCUCACAUCUACACAUUUUAGUGAUAGUGUAGUUUUAAAAUGCUUUGUAGAAAAAAUGUAUGUUUGUUGCUAUGAUUGUACUAGGGGGUGUUAAAUGUUGUAUGUUUAGAUAAACACAUUUAAAUCAGGGCUAAACGAUCAGUACUUAUUCAUAGAUGAAUAGAUGGCAAUAAAAUCUGUUAAAGGCCCCAUGUAAAUAUAUACUAUACAAUGUAUACAGGGGCCAUUGUAAAACUCUCAAAAUAUUAAAGGAUGAUUGACUGAUGAACAUUUUUUGUAAUUUUUGCAAUGAUGUACAAUUUAUUUUUCUAUUUAUACACUAGAUUUUUAUACAUUGACACUUAUUAUGUGACUGAUAUGAUGCAAUGUAUUGAAAUACUGCAUUGUGUUUUAUUUUAUCAGAAAUCCAAAUUGAUAUAAAGCGUGUAAUAUCAAAUGAUGCAAUAAUAGAUUGUAUAUUUAUCCUUCUAAUAUACUCUUCAAGAUAUGCAUUCUUCAAGAUGAAGAUGAAGGAAUAUAUUUUCUUAGUGUAUGAGAAAUCUCUUCACGAGUUCAUUUCUAAAAUACAGACAAAAACAAAAUCUGUUAUCUGUCUAUCUUUCGAUAAGUCUCGUUCAACACACGUUUUCUGAAAGCAUGUAUCCAGUGCUAUGUUUCAUAUCUAUAGCUGAGUUUUAAGUAUGCAGAAAUCGUGAAACCAGGAUGUCUAGAUAAUAGUGCAUGUCAGAUUAGAAAUUUGUUUUAUACUUUAUAUCGUGAAUAUGCUUGAACUUCAGGGUGAGCCAGAAAAGGUAACCCAA